AUAGUCCGGCCUAAGUUUUUACUUCUGGGAACCUAAACCAAAGAAAUGUAUGAGUGUACAAAGAUAUGUUGUUACAGCACCGUUUAUAAGGACAAAACUGCCUCACAGAAGGAGAAUGGCUGUAUAAAUCAUAUAUUCACUCUGUGGAGUGCUACACGCAAUGGGGAAGAUCUAAAUAUGCUGCCAUGGAAGGAGAGAGCCCCAGAAUAUAGAAUGGUAUAACAAAAGCGAGUUGUAAAAUGAAACCCAUCAUAGGACCUUGUCGUAAAAAGACACUUCAUGGAACAAGGACCACACGCUCAGCAGCUGACAGGGUUGCCUCUGGGGAGGAGAGUGGAGUUGGGGAAGUGGCAACUCCCACUUUAUACAAAAUCCACUUCUUAUUGUCUAAUUUUUAAAUAACAGUGGGUAUACAUGUCAAUACCCAUUCACUGGAAGGCAAACAGCUGGUACAAAAGAAGGUGCCUCUGGACUAGAGAAAUGGUGGAGUACAGGCUUUGAGAGCUGGCCAGCUAUGGGAAGGCCCCUAGACUACCCCAGGGUGCCACCUCCUCCUCUGCCAGCCCUGCAGGAAGGCAGGGAGGAUGUGUGCACCUCUCUCAAAGGCAGCCUUGCAACCAGGACAAUGGGGAUGCAAUGGUGCUUGCAGGAGGCCAUCCCCAAAAGGCUGGUCACAUCUCUUUUACCUGCCUCCAUCCAUUUGUAGAGCUCUGAGGAAGAUUCCAUUUCAUCUCCUCCCUAAAUCUAUCAAGGCUUGAAAUGCAAGACCACUUGGAAUAUUCUCCCAAACAAGAGCAUGUGUUGGAUGAAGUUCAAUGACAGCAGAAGGGCUUGUUCCCUCCUCCAACUCCCUUCUCUCUUUCUGGCCAGCUCCUACUCACCAUUUAAAACCAAGUUCAGACAAUGCCUCUCAGGAACCUGCCUUCUCUGUUCUGGGCCUCCCAUAGGGCCUUGUCCCCACUUCUUUCAGGGACUCGCCCUGGACCCUGAAAUGAUGCGUCUAUUUCCCUCUCAGUGGAAACUCCCUGAGAGCAGCGACUGUGUCUCACACACCCCCAGCACCACCAAAUCAGGGCAGGCACUCAGAGGCCCUGGCAGGCUGUCCUGCCUCCCCCACCCCAUCACACUGCAACCUGCCUGACUGCGGUGCCCAGGGCAGUGAACUGCCCAGAGAUAAAAGACAUCUCCUGGAGGACAGCUAUUCAUUAAGAGCUAAGACAAAGAAUGCUACCAGCCCAACUGAGGGCUGUAAUUUCUGCUGUCACCAAGCCACAAGUGAUCCCUCAAGUCCCUCUGUUCUAUCACUGUCUCUAAAUCCAUAAGGUUAGGUGGACACCCUCCCUCCCAACAAAGCAAUUUUGUAUAACCACCACCAUGCAGUAUCGUCUAGCAAACAUGGAGUGCUGAAAAAUGAACAUGCUCCCCAGGGUAGCAAAGCUCUGCCUUCUUCCAGAUACAUGUCCUUCACUUAGAUUCUGAACAGUCCUGAACCUAUGUGGGUGCUUAAUAAUACACCCCCAAAAAGUAUGCAGCCACUUCACACCUAUUAGGAUGGCUAUUAUCAAUAAAGCAGUGUCAGUGAGGGUGUGGAGAAUUUUGUGCACUGUUGGUGGGAAUGUAAAAUGGUACAGUUGCUCUGGAAAACAGAUGAAGGGUCCUCAAAAGAAUUACCAUACGAUCCAGCAAUACCACUUCUUAGUAUGUACCCAAAGUAACUGAAAGCAGGGACACAGAUAAGUACUUGCACACCCAUGUCCAUAGCCAAAGGCAGGAGCAACCCAAGGAUCCAGAGAUGGAUGGGUAAACACAACGUGGAUCCCUCGCUGUGCUCUAGGGGCUCCUUUCCCCUCUCCUCUCCUUUCCUCCACAAGAGAGGGUGUGUCACCCCUAGUGGUGGUCAUGCAUUCAGCCUCUCUGCUAUUCCUGUGGCCCCCUCACCGGGGCAGGUAUCGGGUGUGAGGAUAUUUUUCAUGUGAAAGACACUGACCUGGAUGGCAAGAAGUUUGACCAAGUGUCCCAACUGCACUGUGAGAGCGAGUCAAGAUGGACCUAAUCUUAGAUGUAAACAUUCAGAUCUGCCCAGUAGACUUCGGUGACAAGUUCUGGUUGGUCCUGGCCAGGACCCUGUAUGAAGAUGAUGCCCUGAAUGAUGGUGAAUACAACCAUGCAGAUGACAGCAGCAUGUCUCUCUGCCUACAAAUCCUAGGGGGCCUGGCCAUGAGGCUGCAGGGUGAUGCCAACAACCUACAUGGAUUUCAAGUGGAUUCCAGAGUUUAUCAGCUGAUGAAAGAACUGGCCUUCUGAACCACCUGGGAAGCCAGCCUCACUGCUUAGUCACUCAGGCCUUGGACAUUCAUUCAAGCCUGAGUAGCAGCAGUUCCUGUUGAUGGCACCUGUUCAGGAGGAGCUUGCUCUCUGCACUGUGGGUGCCUCUUUAGGGGGUCUGGACUCAAUGGGAAAUUGACUGACCUGUGAAACAUCCAGUGGGAAAGCUUAGAAUGAAUCAGAAGGUGU